UUCUCUCACCGACGAUGGGGUGCUGGUAAUCCCAGUGCUGGGUGCUGAUGUGCUCCGCAUUCGUCGCGAGAUGCGAUCCGCUAUAGCAUCGUUUCCCGAGUUCCAGACAGGUGCAAAGCGCUUCGUACUUGGAAGCUUCGGGGCACUUGGAAAUCCGUCCUCGUUUCAUCACCCCUCUGUGCGGAAAUGUCGGCUUCGCUGCUUUCAGGAGGCCUUGGGCGUCUUUCGACAGUACUUGCAGCGUUCUGCGCACGGCAAGCAGAAGAAGCUGGAACUUCUUUGGGAUCGGCUCUGCAUUCGAAAGAAAGGUGACAAGAUGACUGGGGAAACGACACACAGAGAUAUCGCCAAGUAUAAGCUCCGUUCGGAUGAGAUUUUCGGCGGCUGGUUGAACCUGGACUGCCGCCCUCAGUUUUUCCACUGCGUUGCCAGGAGCCAUCGUGAGCUCAGCAGCGGCGCAAGGCACGGCUUCUGCCGCGAAGAGCGCGGUACCAAGAAGAUGUGCCGAAUCGAGAUAGCUCCUGGCUCCCUGGUGAUCUUUUACCAAGAGAUUCUUCACGAGGUGCCCCGCCAAACAUUUGCGGAGGACUCGCUGCGUCUCUUUGUGGGUUGGCGACUAACGGAGUCUGAACAAAGUCUUCAGGACCUCGCAUCUCAAUCCGAUCCAGGCAUCCCGGACACUGCAGCGCUCCUGGAGACCCAGGGCGUUCCUCUACUUCCUAGCGGCCAGUGGCCGCCCAUGUACGCCAAGAGCCACCUCCUCUUCUGGAAGACAGGCCUUCUCAGCUGGUCCGACCGAAACGUUCGCGACAGCUGCAAGGAGUGGACAAAGGUUGGCACCCAGAUGGUGCCCUUGGUGCCACGCUGGUUCCGCAGCUUGCGCUCCCUGAGCUUGCCCAUGAUGCUUUGGCAGCAUUAA